GGUGCCGGCCCGCCCCGUUGGCGAGCGGCGGGCGCGGGGAUCCGGGCGGCGGUAGAACUCCUGGUCGCGCCAUGCUGCCCGCCGCCCUCCGGAGAUGGCUGCGUCGGCCCAAGCGCUCCGACCCCCGGCUGCUCUCGCAGUUCUUCUUUGCCGACGAGCGAGUGACGCGCGUGGUGGCCGACAUCAAUGGGCUGGAUGCUGAGCUGGACCCGCAGCAGUACCUGGUGCUCCUCAACCAGCUCCACCUCAGCCAGGCUCAGCUGCUGGCCGUCAUUGAGCGCAUCAUGGAGGAGUGCAUUCCCACGCAGAGGCACAGCCGUGAUUACCUCGUCAAGUUCCCCGAGGAGCUUUUGGUGGACAACCUGGGGAACCACAUGCUGUUUGCUGCCGAGUGCCUUCUGGCAGGGAGCUUCCUCGAGGUGGAGGAGGCGGAGGGGGCACAGCUGAGACCGCGCGCCAGGAGCCUGCUGUGCAGCCUGGAGCUGGUGCGGGCACUGCUGCGGGAGCAGAGCCUGAGCCAGCCCGGCACCUACUCUGAGCCCGUGCGGGCUGCACUCAUGCAGUUUGAUCGUCUGUUUGCCGAGUUUGAGCUCAGCUACGUGUCCUCGCUGGUGGCAGUGAAAUCCCCUGAUGAGAUCUACAGGCAGCAGGAGAUCAUUGUGCUCUUCUGUGAGACAGUGGAGAGAGCCCUGCGCUUGGGCUACCUGACCCAGGAGAUGAUUGAUGGCUAUGAACCGCUGCUGAUGUUCACCAUCCCUCGCCUGGCUAUCAUCAGUGGUCUCCUCAUCUACCCCGAGGGUCCCCUCAGCCUGGAGCGCAGCCCUGAGCAGAUGUCGCGGGUGUUCAGCCCCUUCUACAACCUGCUGAUGAAGAUCAGGGAUCUGCUGCGGGUGCUGUCAGCAGAGGAGCUGUGCCUGCUGGAGAGGAGCCUUUGUGCAGCUGAAGCAGAGGAUCCCUGCAGCUCAGUCACCCCACCAGCGUGGGGGGAAGCGGUGCCCAGAGUGGCCCCCCAUACUCCAUGGGGUCUCCUGGAGAGUCCCCACACCACCCCCGCACACCACAGUUUGAUGGGGAGGUUGGGUGCAGUGGACAACCCAUGCACAGAGAGCCCCCAGCACCCCCCGGGGCCAUGGCUGGAGGCCACACCGGGUCCCCGCUGCUCAGAGCUGCGUGCCCACUACAGCAGCACCAGAGACAUGCUGCACACCCUCUUCGUCUGCAUCUCCGGGGUGGCUGAUCAGCUCCAGACCAACUUUGCCAGCGAUCUGCGCAGCAUCCUGAAAACCGUCUUCAAGAUCGUGGCCUCACCAGCAGAAACCUCAGAGGAGACAGGCGGCAGUAAGAAUGAGGACGGUGACCUGUGUGCGGGUGAUGUGCCCCACGUGGCUGACUGCCCCCUGUGCCCCAGCCCCAGAGAUGCCACUGGGCUCCGGAGGGCAGCAGGAGCGCGCAGCCGGCCCGAGUGGGUGCCGGACAGCACCUGCAGCCACUGCUCUGCCUGCCGUGCUCCCUUCACCCUGCUGCGCCGCCGCCACCACUGCCGCAGCUGUGGGAAGAUCUUCUGCGCCCGCUGCUCACCGCACACCGCUGCGCUGCCGCACUACGGCCAGCCCAGACCUGUGCGUGUCUGCACGCACUGCCACGCCACGCACCUCUCGUCCUGGCGUACCCGCACCCGCUGAGGGGUCCUGGCUGCGGGACGUGGCUAUGGGGCUGCUGGGCAGACCCUGUACCCGUGGGGCCGGGUGGGCGCAGGACCGCUCGCCCCGUGCCCGCAGAGCCUGGCGCUGCCCCAUCCCCAGGGCUGGAAACGUGCCUUGUUGCGGUUUUGCUUCGUUGUGUUUUUGCAGGUGAACUUUGGCUGCUGUUGGGCCCAGGGCAGAGUCUCCCCUCCCCGAGGACUGUUCUGAGAAGGGCGCAAACAGCCCUCACGUGACGGCGCUGCCCGGGGGCCGACGUGGGCCGGGCCUGGGGGGGCUCCGACACCGGAGGGAUCUUAAUAAAGAGAUGGAACUGA